GUGGGUGAGUCACGCUGCACCUCAGCGCAUAAGAGGUGCCAGAGCUGACUCCUGUACCACGGCCACAGCCACCAUGCAGGGGAGGACCCGGGAGCUGUGUCUGCUGCUUCUGUUGGGGCUGGGGUCCCAGGGCACCCUGCCCCCACCCUGUGACAGCCAGAUUUACCGCCAUGAGGAGCUCCUGCACCAAGGGCAGAUGGCCAGACUCCACCGGGAUGACAAGCAGUUUGUGGACAUGCCACUGUCCUCCGCUCCAGGCCAGGUUCUGCAGGACUUCCGUGAGCUGGCGGCCGCCCACGAGCACCGCAUCCCCCCACAGCAGCUGCAGGCAUUCAUCCAAGAGCACUUCCAGGCCGCGGGACAGGAGCUGCUGUCCUGGACUCCCGAGGACUGGAAGGACAGCCCCCGGUCGCUGCAGAAGAUCUCGGACCCCAAGCUGAGAGCCUGGGCAGGGCAGCUCCACCAGCUCUGGAAGAAACUGGGAAAGAAGGUGAAGCCAGAGGUCCUCAGCCGCCCGGAGCAGUUCUCUCUCAUCUACUCGGCCCACCCCUCCAUCGUGCCUGGUGGACGCUUCGUCGAAUUCUCCUACUGGGACUCCUACUGGGUGAUGGAGGGGCUGCUCCUGUCUGAGAUGCCCCAGACGGUGAAGGGCAUGCUGCAGAACUUCCUGGACCUGGUGCGGCUCUAUGGACAUGUCCCCAACGGGGCCCGCGUGUACUACCUGCAGCGGAGCCAGCCUCCCCUCCUGACUCUCAUGAUGGACCGCUACGUGACCCACACCAACGACACCGCCUUCCUCAGGGACAACAUAGAGACCCUAGCCUUGGAACUGGACUUCUGGAUGGAGAACAGGACCAUCUCUGUGAGCUCGGAGGGCCAGAGCUACAUCCUGAACCACUAUGCUGUCCCUUACGGGGGCCCCAGGCCAGAGGCCUACAGCAAGGAUUUUGAGCUGGCGGACACGUUGCCAGAAGAGGACCUGGUGGCCCUGUGGGCUGAGCUCAAGGCUGGGGCUGUCUGGCUCGUCAGAGGCCCAAACUCUACAUUGCUCAGCAGCAUCCGGACCAGCAAAUUCGUGCCUGUUGACCUCAAUGCCUUUCUGUGCCAGGCAGAGGCGCUGAUGAGCAACUUCUACACCAGGCUGGGGAAUGACAUCCAAGCCACAAAGUACAGAAAUCUGCAGCAACAGCGCUUGGCUGCCAUGAGAGCCAUCCUGUGGGAUGAAGAGAAAGGGGCCUGGUUUGACUAUGACCUUGAGAAUGGAAAGAAGAACCUAGAGUUUUACCCAUCCAACCUCACUCCUCUCUGGUCUGGCUGUUUCUCUGACCUGGACGCCGUGGACAAGGCUCUGAAGUAUCUGGAGGACAGCCAGAUCUUGACCUACCAGUACGGGAUCCCGACCUCUCUCCAGAAGACAGGCCAGCAGUGGGACUUCCCCAAUGCCUGGGCCCCCCUGCAGGACCUGGUCAUCAGAGGUCUGGCCAAGUCUCCUUCACCUCGGGCCCAGGAAGUGGCUUUCCAGCUGGCUCAGAAUUGGAUCCGAACCAACUUUGAGGUGUACUCCCAAAAGUCAGCCAUGUUUGAGAAGUAUGACAUCAGCAAUGGUGGGCAGCCAGGUGGAGGAGGGGAGUAUGAAGUUCAGGAGGGCUUUGGCUGGACCAAUGGAGUGGUCCUGAUGCUCCUGGACCGCUACGGUGACCGGCUGACCUCGGGGACCCAGACAGCUUUCCUGGAGCCCCACUGCCUCACAGCUGCCCUUCUGCUCAGCCUCCUGCUCAGCCUCCUACCGCAGUGAUGGGCCUCCCUGCCCCGUCUGCCUCAUUAAACUUCUGU